AUGAAGAAAAUUAACGAAGCGAUCCGCUUCAAUCGGUUUGACGAUUUGUCGAAUUUGGAAGAGGUCUGGGUUUUCGGCUACGGGUCGCUGAUUUGGCGCCCCGUUUUUCGUCACUCAGAGAAAAUUGUCGGCAAAAUUAAUGGCUUUCAUCGACGGUUCUACCAAUCAGACAUGACGUACAGGGGCACGCCGGAAUAUCCAGCACGAGUUGCGACGCUUCUGAAAGAUCCAACUGGAAAAGCAGAGACCUACGGCUGCGCGUUUAAAUUGUUCGGAAAGAAUGAGAUUUCUGCGGGGAUAAAGUAUCUCAACACGCGAGAAGGAGAAAACGGAGGCUAUAGCUUGAUCGUGGAGGAGUUUCACAGUUGCGAGAGGUCUCCUAUUCCAGUCUUGGUGUACACCGCGACGAGGGAAAACUACUAUUUCACAGGAAAACAGCCCUUGGAAGAACUCUCUGACAUUAUUGCGAAUGCUAGCGGAUUGACUGGACCGAAUACAGAAUAUCUCUUUCGAGUGGCUGAAUGGCAACGGGAGUUUUUACCACUCGUUGAGGACGAUCAUCUUUACGAACUGACGCGAAUGACGAAAGAGAAGGUCGUGAAAAUCGAGAAAUAA